AUUCUAGCAAGCACACCAAAUCCCCAACGCAACCAACCACAAUGUGUGGCCCGAAAAUAUCCCUGAUCCCCCACAUUUUACACUUUCAUGUGGACAAGCUUUCUCGUUCGUUGAACAGUUUUUUCGUAUUUUGGCACGAUUCUUCAAUCGUGUCUCUUUCCCUCCGAUGCCACAGGAGAUACCAUCGAAUCUUCCCUCAUCUCAUUGCUUCCCUUUAAAGGCAAUCACGAUUUUGCAUACCCAGAAAAGUAGAAUUCCUACUGUUUGUUGUGAUUUUUAUACGGGGAGAGGCGAAAACAAUGAGAGCUCUAAAUUCCCAGUUAGUGUUGAUCGAUUUGCACAGUUCUUGGUACUCAGCUAAGCAGAUCCCCAUUUCAACAUAUGGGUAUCUGAAAGAGUGUAAAUUGGGCGCUCCUACGUUCUCAGCGGCGUUUCGUCGAACACGUGGGAAGAUAUCGUCUUCACGGGCCCGGGCACCAGAGGUUCGGUCUCCUGAGAUUCGACGGCCGAGAGACUUGUCCAAUUCAGGAAAUGGCUUGUUAUCAAUUUCCUCUAAUGUGGCUUCCACGUCGAGUUCGAGUUCUCAGGAGAAUGAGGUCGUCUCUGACUUGAAGUUGUUUCUUGAAAUAGUGCCUCUGAGAAUGAGGAACGAGCUGCUUAGACACAAGGAUAUAGGGGAGCUAAUUGAGGUGGUUAUGGACUUGGGAAGGAAGCCACUUGCACGAUUUCCAUCUGGAGAUUGGGUGAUCUCAGAGCUGCCUGUGAAGCUUGAGGAUCUAUACGACGCAAUUUCAAAAGUUGGGGAUUUCUCCGAAGACAACCGCUCUGGUAUUAAUCACUCUCUACAUCGUAUAAGUGCAAUUCGAAAUCGUAAAUUGCAAAUCAUUGGCCUUACUUGCCGGGUGGGACGGGCUGUAUCUGGAAGUGCUGAUAUCAUACGGGACUUAGUAGAAGGAAGCGGCUCCAUAUUGGUUAUAGGGCCUCCUGGAGUUGGCAAAACAACCUUAAUCAGAGAAAUUGCCAGAAUGCUGGCUGAUGACCAGAAGAAACGUGUAGUUAUUGUUGAUACGUCGAAUGAAAUAGGAGGUGAUGGAGAUGUUCCUCAUUCUGGUAUAGGUCGUGCAAGAAGGAUGCAAGUCCCAAAUGUUCAUAUGCAGCAUAAUGUAAUGAUUGAAGCAGUUGAAAAUCACAUGCCUCAGACCAUCAUAAUUGAUGAAAUUGGAACCGAGUUAGAAGCAAUGGCUGCAAGUACAAUUGCCCAGAGAGGAGUCCAGCUAGUUGCCACAGCACAUGGAAUAACUGUAGAGAGUAUCAUGAAAAAUCCCGCUUUGCAGAUCCUUAUCGGUGGCAUAGAGAGUGUCACUCUUGGUGAUGAGGAAGCAAGGAAGAGGAAAGUGCAGAAAACAAUUCUUGAGAGGAAAGGGCCUCCUACAUUUACGUGUGCUGUUGAGAUGAUAUCAAGAACUGAAUGUCGUGUUCAUCAUAGAUUGGAUGCAACCGUGGAUGCCAUACUAGCUGGGAAAUCUCCCCUAUUUGAAGUCCGCCAAAUGAAUCUGCAAGCUAAUACUUCGUUGAAAUCUACUCCAUGUACUGAAGAAGAACAAGUUGAAAACCCAAAAGUGACAAAUAAUGAAAAUAAACAAACUAGAAUAGAGUCUGAUAUGGAAGAUGAUGAGUAUAGUUCUAAGUCCAAGAAAAUGGGCACGAAUGGGUCUGUAGGCUCAAGGAGCUCCCCAGCGCAUGUUUACACUCACAAGAUACAAGAAGCUGAUUUGUUACAAGUAGCAGCUGUAAUGGAGCUUGAGGAUGAAAUAGACGUAACCAAUGAUAUUGGCUCUGCAAAUGCUAUUCUAACAUCUAGUUCCGAAAUUAAACAGAACCCUUGGAUCCGCGGUGUGGCAAAGUUUCACCAUUUGCCUGUAUUUGUUAUUAAGUCAAAUACAAUGGCACAAAUGGUGAAGGCAAUUCGUAUGAUUCUUGGAAUGGAUUCAUUUGGCUCUUUACAAAAGCAAUCAAGCAAAAGUUCUUUGGAUAUUGAGAUCAAAGAUGAUGCACCAAAAAGAAAACCAUCGCUGGAGGAGAUUGAUGCCUUGGAGGAAGUUCGACUUGCAAUUGAAUACAUUGUGAUACCAGGCGGCGAGGCUGUGGAACUUCUACCAAGGCGCACUGAGAUAGUCGCCCGACAACUUGAAUUGGUCCAGAGUUAUCAGUUGGCUGCAGAGAAUUCGGGGACUGAAUCAAACCCCCGUCUGCAAAUUCUUCCUCAGAAAUUAAGCAAAAGAACUUCAACAAAACAUCCCAAAUCUAGUUCAAGUUUCCUUGACAAUGGAGGUACAUGCGUUCUUUGAUUCCCGCUUGUCCCUGAAUAAUUCAACAGAAAUUGCCAUUGAUUAGAUAAUAUUAAAAUAUUAUACAGUUGUGUAAAUUAUCUUACAUCGUGUAUCUUCUUUUCUCUUAAUUUUCGUAAAUGUUUAUUGUUGUGAAGACAUUCACUUCACUGUAUCAAAUUGUUGUACAUUGUACAAGAAAUGUAAAUUUUAUUUGAUUGUUAAUUAUUUGAAUUGAGCAAAAA